AUGCCUCCUCCUGCAAUUCCUACUAAACGAAAAGCAACUAUUGAUCUUCAUCUUCCCACUCUCCCUUCUCCACAUUCUGGACCAUCACGAAUACCUGCCAAAGACGAUAGUCAGAGUCUAUCAGAUGUAUCGGGUGACGAUGAAGAAUACAUUCCAACCAGAAGAAAACGUACAAACCCUGGAGCUUCGGGUAAAAGUCAACCUGGAAACCCUUCUCAGGAUCGAGGAAAUAAGAUCGGAGAAUCGUCGAAAAGUGGAGGAAUCAUGAAAGAAGUUCAGAGAGGGGAAAAUUCAAGAGGUGGACAAAAAGUUGGCGGUGGAGGUAAACAGUUAUCUAGGGAGCAAUUGCGUAAAGCUAAUCAUUCUUUGAUCGAACGACGUAGGAGGGAAAAAAUCAAUUUCGCUUUACAAGAAUUAAGAGGGAUGGUUCCGGGACUAGGAGAGACGAAAGGGGGAGGAGAGUUCAAGUUAGAAGUUUUGGAAAGAACGGUGGUCCAUAUGAGAGAACUCAAAGCGAGAGUGGAAGAGUUGGAAAGGGGUGUAUCGACUUCUUCAGUAUCUUCAGGUCUCGAAACUUCGGUGGAAUGGCUACAACGGGGUGUUCAAAUGGUGGAGGAACAUCCGGAGCAACAAUCAGGAUUACACAAUUCCAACAUGAACAUGGGUUGGGAAGGAGAGAGUGGAGAACAGGAUUCGGAGAAGGGAAUUGAUUCACCUCCCUCACCUGAUCAAACUCCUUCCUCAGAACAUUCAUCCCUUCACUCCGGCGAGAACUUGGAGCAAUCACAACAAUCAACCCCACAACCGCCCUUCCCUGCGUAUCAGCAUGCUCAUCCAUCACUCUCCCGAAAUAAGACGUCAGAUAUCAUCCCGAGAGACCGCACUUCUCACCCUACAGACGACACAUUCCGUCCACCGAACCCCAUUCCGGAUCCUUCAGCUGUUCAGAAGGAAUCGCUUUCAAAUUCGAGACUACCCACCCGACCUGAUCCAUCUCCUACUUCCAUCUCUAUGCGAUCUCACCCGAUCUACCUACCAUUUCCCACACCUUCCCCAACCUCACCAUUUCUCACGCACCCCAGUGUGAACCAAGGUAUGGAGCCAUCCCCCUUUCUUGCACCUUUACAGAAUAUCAGUCUGUUUGGAGGUGCCCUGAACUUGGAUGCGCUGGUUUCAGCACCUUCCUCAGGGUCCCCAGAAAGUCUACCAGACGUUUCGACCGCAAAGGAUAAUUCGAUGGAUGACCGAAGACGUGCGAAGACAUUUGCGUGGGCUGAUCAGGCGAGCGUGGGAUUUGUCAGUGGAAAGGACAUGAAUGGUACGAGAGUGAUUGAGAGGGAAGCGUCGGAUGGUGAUGUAGGACUUGAGAUUGGCAUGAAGGGGAGUCAAGUGGUGAUAGGGGAAUCCAAAAUGGGACACGAAGAGGAAGAGGCAGCAAAUUUGUUACUGGCGUUCAGCUCUCCAGACACUUUACGACCCGUUCAACCUUCCGUCAUGAGCAAAAUACCCUCUUUCCUCCCCUCGCCCGGGGAGCAACCCCUUCCUGCUUCGCUACAUUCGUCCACGACGCCUGCUUUCUUGACGACGACCACACCUCUCGCUCGCACAUCCCCAAACAUGUCAAAUUUCGAUUCUCACCCACCAUUCGUGAUUCGCGAUGAACAUCGAGUUGUAGAUGUAGUGCGUGGGGACGGAGUGACGUCAAGCAGUGACGCUAGAAAAGGAAGACGCGAAGGGAAUAUAGAAUCUAGACCUCUGUUAGUGGGCAAGACAGCGAGAGACAUUCUACGUAUGUGA